CUAGGAUACGUGAGUUUUAGCGAUUACAACAGUUCUGUGUGAGCAAAGAUGCAAUAACAGCAAUGGUCAAGGAAGAAAAUAAAUUAGACUUCGUGAAAAGCCAAUUGAAGAUGCAGAGUGACGCGAGAGAAACCAGCAUUCCACCGGCGCCGGCCGCGUACCAGAUGCGCCCGGCGUUAAGUGAAACAUUCAAAUCGGAAAGGAUACGUGAAAUCAUCCAGACAGUACUCACGGAAACGCUCACAGUGUUUUUCUUUCCAGGUCAAACCUACACCGCGGCCGACGCGUCACGCUGGACCAAAUCGCUGGCGGACGAAAUCAGCCUGAAGGUAAAAGAUUUGGAAAUGUACCGGUACAAGCAUGUCGUGCAGGUGAUGCUGGGCCAGCAGUUGGGCGCCGGUUGUAAAUACGUGUCGCGAUGCCGAUGGGACACAGAGUGUGAUAAUUACGCGACUGCGGAAUUUAAAAACUCCACCAUCUUCUGUGUGGUGACAGUUUACGGACUCUACCUUUAUUGAUGGGAUGCUGCGAGGGACCCGAAAGGGAGGGGCGAUGACCUGUCAACAAUUCCAGUUCCUCUCAGUUUGUGUGAAGAUAGCAAUUUAGUGUUUUUAAUUUUUACCAAACGACUAGUCGACCUUUUUGUAU